UAGGUUUGGGAGGUUGCUGGGUUAACCAACCGAACAAAAACCCUAACACUUUUAUCCCUUUUUCCCAAAACGCGCAGAGGGGAAGCGAAGUCGCGCCUACGAUUCUCUAAUGGCGAUCUGGACUCGACUGAGUGAAGAAUAGCCGUUGGAAUUUCAUACAUUUGUUCCCUCCUUUUUUCCCCGGCUACAGGAAUUUAUUGUUCUUGACGGGAUCCGUCUCGGAGCCUGCGUUGGUGAGAUUGAUGUUGGUCGGGGUGAAUUUUGUGUGCGACUCGAGGGAGUGAGGAACGCGGACGCUCGGGUUUGUGGAAUUCUGGUUCGGUGCUUUUGUUAGAUGGACGCAGGACUUGGUCACACGCUGCAUCCUGGACCCAUCGAUGACUCUAUACUUACUUUACAGGACCAUCACAGGUCCACCGAUAUAUGGAAUGGUCAUGAUUUUGAGCCUCUGACAUGUAGGAGAUGUGAUGGCCACUUUUGGCGAUUGGGUGUUGUGCACCCACGAGUGCAGCAUAUGAUGUUGAAAGCAGGUUUCUAUGGGGUGUACAAAGCCGGUCGUAUACGGCUGGAUCAUGCAUUGAUCACAGCAUUGGUUGAGCGAUGGCGUCCAGAGACCCAUACUUUCCAUUUGCCAGUUGGUGAGACCACCGUCACACUGCAGGACAUUUCUGUCCUAUGGGGUCUCCCUGUAGAUGGUGAACCUAUUACUGGUGUUGAUACCAAUCGGUCGAUGGUUGAAUGGCAGGAGAUAUGUAACGAGCUGCUGGGUUUUAGACCACCUCCUGAGGAUUUUGAUCGUGGUCGUCUCAAAAUCAGAUGCUUACAGGAAAGAUUUAAAACAUUGCCAGAAGGUGCAUCUGAGGACACAGUGAAGUUUUAUGCCAGAGCAUACAUUUUGCAGUUGCUGGGGGGGCAGCUAUUGUCGGAUAUGUCUAAUAAUAAAGUAAAGUUGAUGUAUUUACCCCUGCUGAGGGAUUUUGAGACAGCUGGUAGGUUUAGCUGGGGUAGCGCUGUCCUGGCAUGUCUUUACCGUGCUCUCUGCCGAGCAACCAAACCUGAGACAUCAGAUAUAUGUGGUCCGCUUGUGCUACUGCAGAUUUGGGCAUGGGAGAGAAUGACAUUUAUAAGACCUGGGAGAUUAGAACCACGAGAGUUGCCACCGCCUGAUAUUGUUGCUGGGGAGCCCCCUUUGCCUGCUGCUCCUUACGGUUCCCGGUGGAAUGUUGGUUUUAAGCUGGAAAGUGUAGGAAAACAUGUCUUGGUGCGGUAUAGAGACCAACUAGACAAUAUGAAGGAUGAUCAGUUUGUGUGGGAACCGUAUCCUCUUGACGUGUUGGAUGGCCUUCCUGAGUACUGCAUUUCAGGUAGACGAAUCUGGCAAUCCGUGUCUCCUCUCAUCUGCUUUGAUGUGGUAGAGUUCUACCACCCUGACCGUGUCCUGCGUCAGUUUGGGCAACAACAACCGAUCCCAGUUGCUUGCGAUACUAUUCCAGACAUCCAUCUUACUGAUCGUCGCGGAAGACAAAACUAUGACUGGGCGCACCAUCACAAGCAAUUUGUUGAUAUGUGGGCUGCACGCUGUGACCGUGUUGUAACUUCACCACCUAUUGAAUGCCCAGUUGACCAGAACAAUCCAUACAUAAUAUGGUACAGACAAAUUACUCGUUUGCUGAUUGGCAAUCCGGCUAGUCGUCCAAAUACUGGAUACUCGGGAGAAGGAGGAACAGUCGAGGGAAUGGCUCAGAGCUUACAAAAAAUAUACCAUCGUGCCACUGAUGCGAUCCACCAAGGCUGGGAGAUAUCCGGCGAAGAUGCACUCCGAGAGAUACAAGACAUAUGCGCAUAUUCCUUGAGAACAGUUCAAGAUACCCAUCGUCUCACUGUCAAACCAGAACUUCUGUCGCCCGGGGCGGCUGCUGUAACCCCAUUUGUUGCACCAAGAGCGCCGAGAGGCAGACCCAAGAAAAGAGGAGGCUUUAGUGGUGGAUCAGCUACUGAGCAACGUAGGAGAGGUUCGUAUGCACAAGCAACAAUGUCUACCUCGGUUGCAGUUUCUCACUCUCCUCUUUCAUCGAACCUUUUUCAAUCAAAUAUUGGACAGCCUGAUACUCCACAGACAUGGGAUUCUUCACUCAGUGCGUCCGAGUUCCAGGACACUAAGGAUCCAAAUGCAUUGCAUUUGGAUUCUGAAGCUACAGAUACGAGAUCGCACCUCUAUCAAGCCCUCGGGAAGAUUCAGGAUAUCUGUGCUUGCGCGCUGAGAACAUGUAGCAAAAACCAGAACAUUCUCCUGGAGCAGGAACCGACGAUUCCAGUUGGUCCUAAAACUAAGCGCUGUAAGCCGAGAAGAAGAGGUACAAUGACCGGAUACUUGCUCGGCGAAAGUGAUCCCUACUCACCAUUGUCGCCUGCACCCUCUACUUCUAUGAGACUUAAUGACAGCCCCGGGCUUCCGCACGAUAUCUCUGAACAGGAUAUGCAGCCUUCUGUUGCGCCAUUCUCGAGGGACUCUUCGUUGGUCGAACUAGAGGACAACUUACAGGUGGAGAUGAUAGAGUUGGACACCAUAACCGGUAGUAGAGAAGCUUCCCCGUCCCACGCCAACCCCUCUAUGCUCGGAAUGUCUACCAACCCUCACAGUCACGAGGAUUCAGUGAUGCUACAAACAGGAGAAAGCGCCAACUUUUCGUUACAUGAAGAUGCACCAGUCUUCACAGAUUAUGCUGAUGCUACUCAUCCAGGAUCUGAACAAGAAGAUGUCAGAGGCAAUGAAGUCUUACCCGGCGAAUCCGAUGCCCCUGUAGCUGAAGUCGACUACAGUAACACUGAAAUCUUACCGGCUGAACCCGAGGCCCCUGUAAAUGCAGGGGGGGAUUACGAUGCAACCGUAGAGUUUACUGAGACACCACCUCUCGAAAAUCCUGACUCUUCCGAACCUGCUGCAGAGGAGCAUGACGGUUCGACAGCCCCUGCACCGCCUAACCAGGUAGCGACCGAUAGCAAUGGACCCGACACUCUGUCCAAUCCGGAACCUUCUCUACCAGUGGCCCAAGGUGCUGUGACACUAACACCACUCGAUAGCAUAAGACAUGAAGUCGAUGAAUCAAUGCCCUCGACUGAGGAGGGUGUGCCUUCUUCAGCAAUGGAUCAAAUAUCCGCCACCGAGCAUUUGGCUUCUGCUGAAGUAGCGAGCGAGGUUGUUGUUGCAGAUGGUGAUACACUCGCAGCAGUCGGAGGGAAAAGGAAAGAUCCGGACAUGGACUCCAUAAGCUGCGACAAUUCUGCGCAAAAGCAUGAUACUUCUGCCAAUCCGCCGGAAGCAUUGGAGGCUUCUGCAGCCGACGAUUCUGAUGCUACUAACAAAAAUGCUCCAGCAGCAGUCAAGGAGGAUGGCCAUAGAACAUACAAGCGACAACGACGAACUGUGGCGAAUAACACCAAGUAGGAUUUGUCUGUAGUUAUUAUCAAAAGCAUUGCAUUGUGUGGUGCGGUGUGGUAGGUUGAUUUUAUCCUUAUUAUCAAUAACCUCUCUCUGGUCAUGGUUAAAACUCUGGAUAACCUCAUGGGAUUAAUUAACAUCUUGGCUAUUAGUGUUUUUUAUUCCUUUUUGUAAUUAAA